UUGACAAUCAGCUGUGCCGGCGUUGAGGUUAAAAAGUGUUGUUUGCCUUUGAGAUAACCAAAGCGUUAUUUUACGACGUUUUAUUUGUUGUGAGACUAUUUUACUUGCUGUUUAGUUGAGGCUUCUUCAUAAACAUGUCAAGGCUGUCGGAAAGCCGAUUUAACUACGGUUUCCUUUGUUUGAUGGUUUGGUUAGGUUUCGUCAGAUGUCAGGAUCCGUUUGGAGAUCUCCCAACGAAUUCCCAGCUAUGGAAGUCUUUCCAGGAAGAGAUGAAGACCUUGGAACAGGCUGCUCACAGAGUCAACACAUUGCUGAGUGAAAAAAUAGCAGAAAAUGUCAAGGGGCUGGCUGCAGACGAUCAGGAGGCCAAACCAUCGGACAACACUCCUGAUGUGACGGUCCUCACAAGUCCUGGAGGUAUCAAAGAUGACGUCCGAACACAACCAGAGGCCACAACUCCUGAGGAGGUCACAGAAAACGCUCCACAAAUGCCUCAAAAUGGUGGAGUAAGUCAGACAUUGAAACCCCACUUCAGUUUAGGUUCGUUUAUGAACUCGUUUGGAUUUUUCAACAACUUGCCUGAGCCCUGGUGGAGAGGCAAGAACGUCUGUGUUGAAAAGUCCGAGAAGGUGGAAGAGAAGAACAAGGACGAAAAGACAGAAGUAGACAAGCACAUUUUGAUCAUGGGCACCGGAACUUUCGAGCACUGCAAACAGACGGCGGGCAAAUACAUCUGUACCACUGUCAUCAGCACACCGCAGCAAACCAAGACGUUGUCUACCACAUACCAGUGUUGCGAAGGCUACCGACGCCAGGCCGAAGGAUGUGUUGAAGUUGAGUUGAAAGACCCGAUCACACUCAUGGAGGCAGUGGAUAGUAAGCAGUUUGCAGAGAUGCUGACCUCCAACGACAUCAUGAAGGCUGUGGCGGACAAGAAUGUGACCAUCUUCGCCCCCGUCGACGAGGCUAUGAAGAGCUAUAAAGAGAAAAAGGAUUCGAACCAGAUCCGUCAAAGGCGAGCAGUAGAAGAGUGGGGGGAGGUGACAGCUAGCCCAACCGAUGUACGAAGCAGUCUCAGCGCCAGUGACGUAGCGAUGGCGCACAUGACCGACGGACUGAUGGAUGUAGAUGACUUCACCAAUGAGAUGGUUCUCAACAGUCUCUACAACGAGACUCCGCUGAGAGUCAACAUCUACCCGGGCCGCGAGGACGCAGUCAUCACAGUGAACUGCGCAAGACUGAGGUCAUCGGACAACUACGCCACUCACGCACGCGUACACACGCUCGACCGCGUGCUGCAACCUGUCACGCAGACAGUCACCGACGUGUUGUCACAGCCACAGUUCUCUCAGUUCAAACAAUUCCUGCAGCAGCAAGGGUUAUGGGAAAGGCUGGAGAACUCUACGGCUGUUACGGUGUUUGCCCCUAACAACGAGGCUUGGAACAAACUGGGCGGACUGAAGGACAAAUACUCUCGUGGCGAGGCCUGCAUUGACAAGGUGCUUCGUCAUCACAUCCUACCACUGACGCUGUGUUCCGCACCAUCCACUGAGGGUAGACUCACGACAGCUGAUGUGGACGGAGAGUUGGUGCGCAUCUCGCGCAACGACGACGACCAGAUGAUGGUUGACGAGCGGGGACGUGUCGUACAGGAGGAUAUUGUGGCUUCCAACGGUGUUGUGCACAUGUUGGACAAAGUUCUCACUCCUAAGUCUGCCAAGCCGCUGAGCGACCUACUCGCCUCGUCCAACCACACAACCUUCCUCAGUCUCCUAGACCGUGCAGGGUUACUGGAGGAGAUGAACAGACAGGAGAACAUCACAGUGUUCGUCCCUACCGAGAGUGCGCUGAGUGACGAGGCGACAGCGGCCAUGUUGGACAGUCUGGACACUGACGCGCUGCGCCGCGUGCUGCUGUACCACAUCAGUGAACGAGCGCCCUCGUGUGAUCUCAAACAUCACGCGGAGCUGCGAACCAGGCAGGGUGGCACAUUGAGGGUCACUAUGUACAAUCCGAACGCCUUGUUCAGUGGUGUGGAGCCGCGCGCCGCAGUGCAGUGCGCUCCUCUGGCUCGGAUGGACGGCAAGGCGUGUCACGCGGUCGCCCAUGAGGUCACACGUCUGCUCCUGCCGCCCAACAACACAGUACUACAACUAGUCAAUGAUAAUCCUGAACUGUCUGUUCUGAGGAGAGUCAUAGAGGGUACAGAACUGGAGAAAGACCUGGAUGAAAAGACAAGGUCGGAGUUGCUCUCUGAAGGGUUCACUCUGCUAGCCCCCUCUGACGAUGCUUUCAACAAACUGGACGAGGACUUGCUGAACAAACUGCUCACUGAUAAGAAGUACGCUACUGAGGUGUUGCGCAGACACCUGUUGGGAGAAUCAGUUUGCUGCGCUUCCAUAACCCCAGUGCCCUGGCCGUUCACAAACUCCGUGCGGACCUUGGAGGGUAAGAAGCUGGAGGUGAACAGAGACCGCAGAAACCGAGUUGUCUUCGGCACCGCGACUGCGGAGAAGUGUGACAACAUCGCCACUGAUGGACUGGUACACGUCAUUGACAAUGUGCUGCUGCCUGAAGCUACCAAGGUGAAGCUGGGGAACGUCGUCUUUGGCUCUCCGGAUCAUAAGAUAAUGUUGUUUGGCAUCUGAGUGCUGUGACUGAUAUUCGUGAUAAUUUAGAUAGGUCUAACCAAAGUAGAGGUUGUAAGAUUAGUCGUAAGUAAGCUGGUGAUCUUUAAAGUUAGAAAUAAGUAUUAGUAGUUUAGUCCAACGAAUUUGUAUACAAAGUGGUGAAGUAAAUUUUAUUACUUUUUA